AUGAAGUUAGAAAGCAUCAGAGAUCUCGAUCUCAUCAGCUACUAGGUAGACAACAAGAUAGAAGCAAGGACGUGCAACAAGACUUAUGGGGAUGAUUGUGUAGUGUGUGAGAGAGCACUGCUAAUUUUAGGUCGGGAUUCUCUUGUAAAAAUGAUAUUUUUGCAUGCAUCUAGAGAAUCCUAGGGAUUUAUCAAGGAUCUAGGAUUCACGUGCGCUAAUAUUGACUUUCAUAAAUGGAAACGGGAUUCGUAUUCGUUGAUUUAAUUGGACAUUAGCAGCAAAAGAGAACCACAGUUUGAAUGGUUCCAGAAGUUCAAAUUAAUUUACGAUAAAGUUGCAACCAUGACAACAAUAAUGCCUAAAGAAAUGAUAGUUCCCAGGAACACAGUCGCUGUUUUGAAAAGCAUUGCUGAAUCUUCAAUGCCAUUCAUCACAAUACUAAGAAAUUCAUUGAUUGUAGUAGCUGGCCAAGGCAUGCUGAAAGUCAUACAGCAAAAGGUAAGUAUUAUAUUAAAACAGUUUACCUAGUCAAUUGAUGCCAAUGACUGUCUAGUCACCUAGUCAAAUGGUAUCAAUGACUAGCUAGUCACCUUGUCAAACUAUACAUAUCUUAAAGAUACUAAGCACGGUUAACAUAAAGUAUUAACAUGCUCCAUGUGUAUAAAAGAGAAGAGAAUUUAUCUCUUUGUCAAGGGUGUGAGUCUAUAGGUGACUGAAGCUAAUGUACAACGAUUCACUCUAGGCAAGAGACAUGCUUCAGAAGUAGAGAGCGAGCAGUUAAAUUACUCUAUUUAAAGCUACCUUGAAUAGAAUGGUGAUGCUGAUAUUGAUAUGCAGGAUGAAACAAGUCCUCAACAAUAAUAACAAGAGUUUGAUAUGCCAAGUGCUCCAUUUGCUAAGAGACAAAAGUAGUAUCUUGUGUAUGUGGUUACACUGACUGAUAAUCUAGUAGUAGUAAAGUUUAAGGAGAUCGAAGCAAGUAAAAAGAACAGAAUGCUCUUACUGUAAGACUUGCUUGAUAUAUGUGAGCAGUUCACACAAGACUUAUUUCUGGAGUAUAUCAGCAAUGAUAAGCAUCCAGCACUCAUUGCGUUACUGCCAAUCAUACUAACUCGCCCUGAUUCACUCAAUAAAUAGAGAAUGAUCUGUAUAGUGAUGUUCUCUUUCAUUCUUGUUGGUGCUUGCUGGAAUAGUUCGGUCAAGCUAUUAGACAAUAUGGACAAGGAUAAACAAUCCUAAUUCCUCAAGCACAUUGAAGAAUAACGCAUCAUGCUUAUAUCUUACCACAGAGACAACAACAGCAAUGUAGAUGGCCGUCUAUUGGUACUAUCGUUUGCUGUAUAACUUGAUAACUAAGCAUUGCUUGCUGAGUUCACUAGUUAUUAUUAAAGAUAUAUGCUUCAUAGUUUUUAGUCACUUGUGUCUAGAAGAGACCCAAAUAUAUAAGAGCAAAGUGUAUAUGUUAUCAUCUCUAAUCGUAAGGAAGAGUUUAUGAUGCAAUCUCUCUGUGAAUAGAAGGUUCUUAUCCACAAGAACCAGGUGAAAUCAGUAUUAGAAGAUUUUGAAUCAAUUCAAUCAUUAAUUGAAGAAUUGAGUGAUAAGUAUGGAGAAAUCAUGGAGGACUUGUUGAAGACAGAUCUGACUAUGAAUUAAGACUGCAUCUUCGGUAUGGCAGUCCCACAUUAGAGAAAUAGCCUAACUAAAGCCAGUGCUUUUGCUCAGUACUUCGUUGGUAAGCUAUUCCAAGUCUCAAGACAAUUAUGGGUUGAACCUCUCGGAUAAGGCAAGUCCAGAAUAGCUGCUACAUUUGCUGAUAUUGCUCUUAUCAGAAGAGCAUGUACCAAGGUGAAUAUGGUCUUUGUGAAUAACUAUCUUUUGAAGAGAUACGGUGCUGCCUUUGCUGAUUUCUGGGAUCUCUUAGAUUACGAUGAGACCUGUAUCCAAUAUCACGCUGACUGUAAGCUUGUGCUCAACAUGUUCGACUAUAUGAUUGAGCCAAAAUUUGAGUCUGUCAAGAAUAUUACUGAUAUACAGAUGGAUAAGAGUGUUAAGCUGCUACCGUCAGAGAAGAAAGCUUUCAUUAAGAAAUUUUAAGUCUCUUGUCCAGUGUUUGUGAAUUACAAAAUUGAUCUUGGUGAGGAGAUCAACAAGAGUUUUUGUGACUAUACAGUUGUCAUUGAAAAUAUUUUCACCACUCUUUUGGAAAAUCUUGACAAGCUAACCUUUUAGAUUCUCAUAGUUGAAGGAGAGUUUGGCAUGCGUGGAGUUGACUAUAGGUGCAAACACGCUAAAAUGACAAUCGUGAAUAAAAAGCCAUUCAUAAACAGAGCGAGGCAAUUUAAGGCCAUGGUAGUGUAGGUAGGUCCUACGAUGUAUUGCAUGAUGAAGCUGUCAAAGAUUGAAACAAAGGUAAAUGUGGUAUAGGUUAAAGCUAUGUCAAAGGGCCUCAUCAGUAGAGAGAAAAAUUUGAUCGGUAUUGGAAUUAAGAAAACCAAGCCAACAGUUAUCAAUGUUGCCACCCUUUGA